AUGUUGAUCUUUGGCAUACUAUUUCAUCUUCCCAUAACCAGUGGGGAUUCCAUUCAACCGGGAUCAGCGACUGAACGUGACGUCUACAACGAGAAGCCUACCAAAGAGGAGGUGCUAGCAGCUACCCGAGAUACUGCUACUGCGGCAUCGCGUCUUGCAGGCAGCGCAGUAUUGCAUACUACUCUGGGUGACAUUCACCUUCGCCUCUGCCCCAGAGAGACACCACGUACUGUGGAGAACUUUGUGGGGCACUCUCGGGCAGGAUACUACAACGGACAUAUCUUUCAUCGAGUCAUCAAAGGCUUCAUGAUACAGACUGGGUGCCCUUUAGGUUGGCUCAUAGUACUUGUCUUCUUUUAG